AUGUCGAUCCCUGCCCACUCCCGAGCGUGUGCACGUGACAAGCCCUUCCGGGAGGAUGGUCAAGCCCUUCGCCUGAACGAAAAGCCGAAUGCGGGCGACAUCACCGGGUCGCACAGCUACACGAACUACACCAGCGAGGUCCACGAGUGUGCCUCGCUCGGCACGUGCGGCUACGUCGAUGAUCAACCGUUCAUUCAACUCGUCGCGGGUCGUCGGAUCGCAGCUCUACAAUGCACGCGGCCGGCGACGGAGGCGGCAGAGGGGCCGGAGGACAAGUGGCGAUAUCCCGACGGCAAGAUGACGAUUAAGGGGUCGUGGGCCAAGCACUCGAUGUACGAGACGGACCUGCAUGUGCCGAUGAUGAUCAAGGCGCCCGGCUACUCCCCAGCGCGCGUUCCGGCUAUGGUGGAGAACAUCGACCUCUACCCGACCAUCCUCGACCUCAUCGGCGUCCCUGCGCCGUCGCACGUGCAAGGCACAUCACUGUACCUCGACAGCGACACAAUCCGUUACGAGGACGAGCAAUUCUCCGAGUACUGCAGCCACACUUGUUGGACCAUCGAUACGUGCAGGCAGUCGUGCAGGGAGAACUUGAACCGCGCCGACGAUCCCUCCUACUCAAGGAAGAUGACUCAGAUGCGAAGCGACUUGCAAGCUCACAAGAAGUCGCGAGGGUCACCGGGCUACUACGUACUAGAGCCGUAG